AUCCACGUUUAGCUCGUAGUUAACAUCAUGGCUGACAGAGGACAACAGGAGAAGACUGAUUGAACAUUGGAGUGAAAAUAUAGUAGAAGCUGCUAUAACUAAAGACCUUCAUGGAGACAAAGGAAGAAGCAACCAUGGAUAACAGACCAACCUAUAACUGGGUAGAUAUCACUUCAGAGUUUGUGGAGGCUGCUUCAGACCUUCAACUGGGAGAACUCUUACAUGACUCCACAUUUGGAUUGUUUGAAGCCAUGUCUGCUAUAGAAAUGAUGGACCCAAAGAUGGAUGCUGGUAUGCUGUGUAAUCAAAUCCAAAGGAAAGUUUUAAAUUUCUCCGAGGGUACAGAAUCAGGAGAGUUGAAGAUCAAAGACCUCAGUAUACCAGAACUGAUCGGUAUUAUGGAUGCCACACUGGCGUGCAUGGUGACAUGGCUGGAAGGUCAUUCCCUGGCACAGACUGUGUUCACCAACCUGUACCUACACAACCCAUAUGUAAUAGAGGACCGCUGCCUUAAGGCAUUCAGCCUUUGUACACUUAAAAUCGUCGACCACAUACGGGACCGUGUUAACAGAGCUGGUGUUUUUGAAGAGGAAGACUUCCAGACAAUGACAUAUGGGUUUAAGAUGGCAGGAGAUGUUACCGAUAUACGGGUGACCGGUAUGAUGAAGGAGUUAGAAGAUGAUCUACACAGAACGCUCAAGACAACCAGGAGUAAACAAGGUGAAGAAAGAGAUGCAGACACAGAAAGGGAGCACUUCCAGACUAGUACCUUGUUCUCCAGAGUCAAGUUCCAUCGCCUGUUUUAUGCCAUGCUACUGUCAUUUAGUAAAGAGAAGAUGGAGGAUUUCAUUAUGGGACGAGCUGUGCUGACUUGUGAAGGAAUUCCCCAGUCCCAAAAGAUAAUUGUACAGCUACAGGAACUGAUCCCCACUAUCCGUGACACACUGUCUAUUGGUGUACAACCAGAGAAGAGAGAGCUUAGUAAAAAUGACUACCCUACCAUUAUGGGGUUUGAACCCUUGGUAAACCAGAGGCUGCUGCCGCCCACAUUCCCACGGUACACCAUCAUUAAGAGUCGGGAGGCAGCCUUGGAUUACAUGGAGACCCUCCUCAGCCGUCUCAUGGUGGUCACAACAGUCCCACAAAUGUCAUCACUACACACAGUGCUGGACACAUUUAAGGACUUCAGCAAGACCUCCCCGUGUGUUUUGUCAAGAUCAAUACUACAGUUGACGCUGUUGCCUCCCAAUAAGCGGGUGUUUGGAGUGAAUUCCAUUGUUGACUUUCUCAAAGAAACUAUAAGAGGCUUUAUAGCUCCUCCUGCUCUAAGUUCAAAAUCUGCCCUGUUCAACAACCCCCAAGCCAAAACCUAUGUAGACGCUUGGUUCAUGCAGGCUGUGCGUCCCAUAUGUACCCUUAUACAGACAACUGGCCACAACCGAGCCAGGCAACGUGACAAGUGGGGACAUCUAUUGGAGGACCUCUCAGCCCUUCAGGAGGAGGCUGACAAAGUGGAUGCUUACCUACACCAGCAGCUGACUAAGACAGAACCCAACAGACAACACCUAGCCUGUCUGGGGAACUGGGUACUCUACCAUACCCUACAGGCUAUGAUCAGUUAUCUCCUGUCAGGGUUCGAACUGGAGUUGUAUGCACCAUAUGAAUACCAUUAUAUAUUCUGGUAUCUUUAUGAAAUGCUGUAUUCCUGGUUAAUAAAUACUCUUCACCGGGCAGACAACUUUCUUUUGGAGCAUGAAACCUUAGCAGACAAUCAGCAAAAAGGACGAAACAACAAAAAGAACAAGAAGAAAAAGAGGACUAAGACACUGAACAGAGAAAUUAGUAUGGCUCAGGCAGAACAGCAUAUGUUCGGAGGGUACUAUAAGGCAGUUCUGGGGUUAAAACUGGAUGGUAAGUUGGUGUACCCAUCCUUUGAGUUUGACAGUGAGGAGGUGCAGUAUUCCCAUCGCUUCCUUCCCUUCACAGCGGUUUCCACACCUCCGUAUAUACACUACGCCCAGUACAAGGAAAUGUCAGACUUGAAGCGGUAUGAGCCAGAAGCCUCAGCCCAGAGUUUGUAUAAUGCUUCAUGUAAAUGUUUUCAUCAAGCCAAGGCCCUUCUGGAGAGCCUGUCAUCUACCAAUGAAGAGAUUCAGACACUGAUCAAAGUAGCCAAGACCAACUUCGUGGUGAUGAAGCUGUUGAUGGGAGGUCACAAAAAAGAUAGUAAUGAGCCUCCUGACUUUGAUUUUAGCCAACACAAAGUAUACCCUGUGAUGAAGCUGACGUGAGAAUGUGAGGAUUGUAGUGCAAUCGAAAAGUUCUGGGUGUGAUGCUGUUAAAGAAGUUCUAUAGUUUUAGGACUAAGUGAUAUUUAUUAAGAUAAUUAAAAAGACUUUUUAAAUUGUGAUUUGAAAAUAAACAAUAUAUAAAGGUACCAAAA